AUGGUGCUCACGAAUGAAGAGAAAGCAAAUAGUGAAGAAAUCAGUAGCCAAAAAAAAGCUCUUGCUGAGAAGUGCCUCAAGAGGAAGACAGAUUAUCACACCGCACUUGCUGAAGCACAAGACAUACUAAUGCAAGAGGCUGUCAAGAUGCACGAAAUGCUUGGCUCUCACACAGUUGACUACUACUAUGAAGCCAUUAUCCAGACAUCACAUAUGACCAAACACCAGAGGGCGUGCAAUCUGUGGAACACAUACCUCCAUGCUGAAGUGAAAAGUAUAACAAAGCACUACCUGACAAUGAACCUUGUUGUAAGGCUACUGAACUAG